GAGGGAUUCUGAGGAAGGAAAAAAAAAAAAGGAAAGACAAAGAGUGGGAGUUUGUGCGCGGCAGAGAGGAGGGGGUGGGGGUAUGUACAUACAUUAUAGGGGUGCAGGUAUAAGAUGUCCAGAGGGCACACUCAACUCUCUUCACACUUCAAUAACUGUCCUUUACCGGCCCUCACAGCGUGUCAAGCUGCAGUAUAGUGGACUGUGCAGGACUUCUCUCCUCUCUCUGCCAUGGUGGUCCACAUACGCGGCUGCAAUUUCAGCUCGACGGACAGCUCCGGCUCUCUCUCCGGCUCUGACCUCAGCACCGUCGCCACUCUGCGGGACUCCCCGGCGUCCCAGAGCCCCGGCGGGCUGAGCCGGAGCGGCCACACGGUGGUGGCAGUAUGCCUCGGCUUCAUCUUCGUCGCGGGGAUCCUCAACAACUUCGUCGCUCUGCUCAUCUUCGCCAAGUUCCGCUGCCUGUGGACGCCCAUCAAUGUGAUCCUGCUGAACAUCAGCCUGAGCGACAUCCUGGUGUGCGUCUUCGGCACACCCUUCAGUUUCGCUGCCAGUCUGCACGGCAGAUGGCUGAUUGGAGAGUACGGCUGCAAGUGGUACGGCUUCGCCAACUCCCUCUUUGGGAUUGUAUCCCUGGUGUCCUUGUCUAUUCUUUCCUAUGAGCGCUACACCACAGUGCUGCGCUCCUCGCAGGUCGACAUCUCAGACUUCAGAAAGGCCUGGCUCUGUGUCGGAGGCUCCUGGCUCUACUCGCUCUUCUGGACCACACCACCCUUACUGGGUUGGAGCAGCUACGGGCCGGAGGGGCCCGGUACCACCUGCUCCGUCCAGUGGCACCUCCGCUCACCCACCAGCGUCUCAUAUGUGUUGUGUCUCUUCAUCUUCUGUCUGCUGCUGCCACUCCUGCUCAUGGUCUACUCUUAUGGCCGGAUCCUGGUGGCAAUCAAGAGGGUGGGUAAGAUCAACCUGCUGGCAGCUCAGCGCAGAGAGCAGCACAUCUUGGCGAUGGUGCUGUCCAUGGUGUCCUGCUACAUGCUGUGCUGGAUGCCGUACGGCAUCAUGGCGCUGAUGGCCACCUUCGGCAAGUUGGGGCUGGUCACCCCCAUGGCGAGCGUGGUGCCCUCCAUCCUGGCCAAGUUCAGCACCGUCAUAAACCCGGUCAUCUACAUGUUCUUUAACAACCAGUUUUAUAGAUGCUUUGUGGCUUUCAUGAAGUGCAGCCAGGAUCCCCAGUCUGAUCAAGGAGACGAACAUCAAAUUCGGAGGUCACACAUCUUUGGUUUCUUCCCCGUCCACAGACAAGCCUCCCUCAGCUCUUCACAGCGUCAGAUCCUCAGCGCCUCCAGAAACGCGACCUUCUGUAGGCGGCACAAUGAACGCCACACGCUGGUCGUCCACUACACUCCAUAAAACCAUCAUCUUUUCCCAUCUGACAGACUGUGAAAGUUAAAACAAGUGUUUGUUUUUCUCUCAACCUUUAACAUUUUGAAUGUAAACAGUGCCAUGCAGCUCAGCCUCUGCUUUUAUAUAUAUUUAAUACCAUAAAUAUGAAAGUGCCAAGUAUAUGUUUUGAAUGAAUUCUCUUAAUAUACAUGUAGCCGUUUUUGCAGGUUUAA